AUGGAUUCUUCUUCGACUUCGCGGCAGACUCCGAUGAGCAUCCUCCACGCGCUCGCCACGUCAGCCGCGCCGCUGAUCGAGGAUCCCCGCGCGCCGCUCGCGGAGCGCCUCCGCGCUCUCAUCAUCAAAGCGGAGGCUACGGCGGGAGCCGCCAACCUUGCGCCGCAACCGCCACUGCAAACGGCGCGGACGGCCAAGGCGCCCAACCACGGAAGACACUUCCCAAAAUCCACGUCAGAACCCGGCGUUUCGGCGGGCGCGAUCUCCGGAACGACUUCCAGCGAUUGGGGCUCCCAUGUUCACAAUGUCGAGUGUGAUACUUCGGGGCGGCUUACAGCGGGGAUAGGGGGGCUCUUCAAGUCGUUCCCCUCGUUUCCCGGAGCCACUCUUAACGCGUCGCCUUCCGCGGCCGCCAUUUCCCACCAAGACGUGCUGAUUAACGGCAGCGGAAGCAGCUGCGGUAUCCCACGCUCCCCGCGUUCCCCGCGCUCAUCCGCGUCGCCGCGCUCCCCGCAUUCCCCGCGCUCGCCAGCCCGACAACGCUGCAGCUUCGCGUCGCGUCUCGCCGCGCGCGGCCCGUCCGCGUCGCAGAAGGUUCCGCCGCCAUCCGUGGCGCACUUGAUCCCGGAGCGCGUCCAAUCGGCACAACCCGUCCCCGAUUCGGGAACGCUCCUGACUGAUAACCCUACUGGUAACCAGACUUGUAACACUGCUACAGACCGCCAUGGGUCACAGGAGAGGCUCUGGGGAAAGAGGCUGUUCCUUCAUCACAGCCGUUUAUCCGCCCCUGCCAACCUGCAAAUCCCAGCCGUUGAUCUUACCAGCCCUGAACCUGGUUCUGAGGGGCCCACAGGGAGCAGUGGGGGAUCCAGUGUGAGUGGGGAGAGGAAGAGGAAGGCACUACCUGGCGUAUGCCUAUCUGCUGGGGACCUGUCAGCUGAAGCUAUGGAGGAGGAUGUUACCAGUGCAGCAGCUUAUAACGCAGCAGUAAUUUUAAAUAAAGGAGCUGCUUAUAGCGGAGCAGCUACUAGCGAAGCAGCUCAUAACGAAACUGCUGGAGCCGUGGAUAAGAAGCCGAGGCGGGGCGCCGAAACUGUACUGGUUUGCGCACAGCAAGUGAUUGAAGAGCCGAAACUGGUCGUCGAGUUACGCAGUAACAUGGAGCUUCUAGACGACGGUUACCGCUGGCGCAAGUACGGACAGAAGGUGGUACGCGAUCCAUGUGUUGUGGUAACCAGCUAUGAGGGCCGGCACUGCCACGCCAUGCCAGGGCCUGUGUUCUCCCCUCCUCCUGCCGAGAGGAAUUCUCCUGUUGCUGCUGGUGGUGACAGCGGCACUCUCAGCACUGCUGCUGGGAGCAGAAAUGAUAACCCUGGGAUGUGUUCUUUCCGGUUGCCUGGCGAGGCUGUGGCAGUGAAUGGGGUGGGGUACUGGGUGCUGCACUGA